AUGUUCUCUUCCAGCUCUCCCAACGCUACCAAGUCUGCGGACAAUCUUACAGCUCUGUCGCCUACAGGCCGUGGGGAACUCCCUUUCCAUAGCAACAGCAAUCGACAUGCUCAAAUGCAUCCCCACCCGACUUCGCGACGUGGCUCUACGGCGAGCUCCAUCCAUUCAGUAGGAGGCAUGCUUGACAGUGCUCCUACCAACUUGGCUGCUUCAUUGUAUGAGUCAAGCCAGAAUGCUAUUUCAACCCUUCUUCAGCCCCCAAUUGUCCGAACCGGCCUUCAGCCUUACACCUCGGUACCAGCUUCGACGGCGCACAAACCCCCGACGGCUCGAGAUAUCCCGCCAGUAACAUUGACGAACAUCACAAAGGUCAAUGUGGAAGAAUUCAACCCAUACUUGUCGCAGAUUGGAACACUAUACGAGCAACUGCAGCGGUUAAAAGAGAGUGAGGAGGAGGCCAACAGGGAGCAGCGCUCCAGUCAACAGGAUACCCCGACAGAACCAAGCAGUGAUGCAUACUUACGCCCCGGCCCAAAGUCUCGUCCAACUCGCAAGGGCUCGACUGCGUCCCUCUCGUCGAUGAAUUCCAAUGAUGGACAACCCCCAGCCAGAAGACCAAGUGCAGCCUUUAUUCGAAGGUCUACUCAAGGGCCGCCCCCUCUAUCGACGAUCCCAACGGUGUACUUUGACGAAGAAUUUCAUCUCGAAAACCCCAGAACAUUUGAUAUUGUGAGCGAACGAUCCGAGGUUAUCCGGCCCAGUAAUGCCGAGGAUGGUAAAGGCGCACCGAACGGAAGUGCCGCAGCACCACGGAAAGCUCUAGCAACCAACGCAAUUCUGCAAGAAAAGUUGUCCUGGUACAUGGACACCAUCGAAGUCCACCUCAUCAACUCCAUCUCCGCUGCGUCAACGACGUUUUUUACCGCAUUGGGAUCAUUGAAGGAGUUGCAUUCGGAGGCUGCGGAUUCUGUUGGGCGUAUCAAGACACUGAGACAAGAGCUUGAAGCGUUAGAUGAGGAGAUUGUAACCAAGGGGUUGCAGAUCGUCCACAAGCGAAGACGUCAAGAAAAUCUGCGUCAGCUUAAUGAUGCUGUGCUCCAACUUAAGCAAAUUGCAGACGGGGUUGCGAAGUGCGAGACACUAGUAGACGAGGGUGAAAUCGAUAAAGCACUUGAAAGCAUUGAUUCGCUUGAAAUGCUUAUUGCUGGUGAAAGGGACGCUGCCAUCGAGGAUGAAUCAGAAAUCCAGCUACGAGACUUGCGAUCAGCUUCAGCUUUGCAAGGAGUCAAUGCCGAUCUUACCAUUUUGCGCUCGCGAAUCGGAAAGGCAUACGAAACUAACUUCCAGAAUAUCCUGAUCCGCGACUUGCGACGACAUGUUGAAACUGUAUCUUCUCCUGAGAUCCUCCUCAGAUGGAGCAACGCAGCAAGCCGAUCGAAGGGUAGCCAUGCCAGGUCUCCUUCGGUCUUCCCAACCUACCUAACGAGCACUAAUGAGUUGAAGGCCGAAUUGUUACCCAAUAUGGUCGGCUUGCACCGGGCGCAACAUAUCGCCGCUGCAACCGUUGCUUAUCGAGAGGCUGUCUUGCGCGAGAUCCGAAAUUUGAUUCGACGACCCUUACCCAGCUCCACGGAUGACGACAACGAAUCAAUGAUGUCUGUCUCUACCGCAAGCGGUGGCCGGCAUCUAUCAAAUUCAGAGAAAUCAUCUAUUCUGGCAAGGAAUCUUCGAGCUUUAGACCCUGAGGAUGGCGAAGACCUGCUAGGAAAGAUAUACAUUGGCGUAACAGAGACUCUCAGGAGGCUUACGACACAGGUCAAGGUUUUGUUGGAGAUCACAAGCUCUCUCACCGAUGACCCAUUGGGCGAGGGCUUGUUAUCACCUACAGUAAGAUCGCCCAUUUCCAGCCCAAGGCCCGACAGAUUCCCGAGUAACCCCAUGAACCAUUUGACGUUUGAAGUUCAAGAGGAGCUACACAAGAAUCUUGAUAUCACAAACCUCCUAGGUCAGGCCGUCGAUGUGGCGAUCGAGAAGAUUGUCAAAGUACUGAAGGUCCGGGCAGAGCAGACAUCGCAGUUGCCCAUGACUAUGUUCCUCCGUUACUUCACCCUCAAUCUCUAUUUCGCCAACGAAUGCGAAUCGAUAUCUGGCCGAAGUGGCACAUCCCUUAAGAAUGUGGUCAAUGGACACAUCAAGGAUUUUGUGCAAAGAAACCGCGAUGUCGAGAUGCAGAAAUUGGCCCAGGGGAUGGAAUCUGAUCAGUGGAAUGCCAGAGACUUCAACGAUAAGAAUACUGAAUUGUUGAAUAUCAUGCUAGGGAGCAGCACCCGUGAUCCUGACGAGUGGACCAAUAGCACCAAGAUCUGGAUACCUAGCUCCGAACUGGAGCCUGAGAUCGAGGAAGAGGCUAUCGAGGCAAAUGGCACAGGCAAAGAAAAGACGAGGACCGCCACUAUCGAUUCGGAGACUUUCAUGUUGCCCAAAUCAGCAAUUCUGUGCCUGGAAGGAAUUGCCAAAUUCUCCCACCUAAUUAAUGGAAUACCAUCCAUGACGGCGGAUAUCGCAACAUCCUUGAUUGCCUACCUCCAGCUUUUCAACUCCAGGUGCACACAGCUCAUCCUCGGUGCUGGAGCGACACGGUCGGCUGGUCUCAAGAACAUUACGACAAAGCAUCUGGCAUUGGCCUCUCAAGCGCUCUCUUUCACAGCAACUCUGAUCCCACAUGUUAGAGAAUUUGUGCGACGUCAUGCUGGAUCCGGAGCGAGUGUGUCGAACCUCAUGGGUGAGUUUGACAAGAUCAGGCGAUUAUUACAAGAGCACCAGGACAGCAUCUACCAGAAACUGGUUGAGAUUAUGAGUGGCCGAGCAGCCAUCCAUUCGCGAACAAUGAAGGCGAUCGAUUGGGAGGCAGAUGGUGCCAAGGGUGUGCAUUCAUACAUGGAGACUUUGGCAAAAGAGACAACAACUUUGCAUCGUGUUUUGACUAAGCAUCUCCCCGAGACAUCGAUCCAGAUGAUCAUGCUUCCUGUGUUUUCCAGCUACAGGGAUCAGCUUGGGUCAAGCUUUAGAGAAGCUGACCCCAAAACAGAAGCUGGUCUGAAGAGUAUGAGUAACGAUGUAGACUUUCUUACAACAAAACUCGGGAAGCUGGAAGGAUUUGGAGAUACGGGAGAGUAUCUGCAAAAGAUCAUCAAGUCUAAGCAGGUCAAAACAGUGGAACCGGCCAUAGAGAAGCCUGCAGCUGAAAAGAAGGACGAUGAACCGAAGGAGAGUGAGCCGACUCCUGCAGAAGACGUCGCUAAGGAGAAGGAAGAGAACUAG